AUGAGCAAGCAGAAACAGAGCCAUAUUGAACGGACGGCAAAUGAGCCCCGUGAUGAGGUAGGCUUCCUCCCGGGGCAAUGGGUCGAUCUCUACCCACCCCCGCACACUGGCAUCAAGAAACCAGGCGGCUUCACCAUCACCUCCUCCCCCUCCUUAGCCGUCGCCCGGCGGCCGCCAGCGGCCACCCACCGACACAGCCCAGAUGACGAAGCCCAGCCAGAGCCCACCACCGCAGCAUCCCCUUCUCCAGCUUACCUCGAGCUAGCAAUCCAAUCCUCCCCCACCAACCCACCCGCAGCCUACCUCUUCCAGCCGGCCGCCGAGCUGCUCCGCAACGAGGUGCGAGUCCGCAUCGGCGGCAGCUUCGUGUUCCCGCCGCCCGCAGCGGCCCUCGCUCCCCCGCCGCUGCGCAAGGCGGUGUUCGUCGCCGGCGGGAUGGGCAUCAACCCGCUCAUGAGCAUGCUCAGCUUCAUUGGCGAGCAGCGGGAUCGCUGGGCGGGUUUGGAAGUGCGGGUGCUGUAUAGCGUGAGGGAUCCCCGUCACGCAAGCGAGAUACUUUUCCUUGAGCGGAUCGUGGGGUUGUUUGAAAGCGGCAGCGUGAAAGGAGGGUUGAGGUUAUUCCUGACGGGCGGGACGGCGCCAUCCAGUGUCCAGGACGGGAACACGAGAGGGGAAAAGGAUGUGGUAAGGUGCAAUAACGGGGCUAAGGUGCCGUUUUUGAGAAGGAGGAUGUCUGUUAGCGAUGUGGAACAGGCCGUUGGGGAGGAUAAGGAAGCCGCAGUAGUGUACAUAUGCGGAGUACCGCUCAUGACGGAUCAGUUUGUGGAGGCCCUGGUGUCCCCUGCAGGGCUCGGUAUGCAGCAGAAGAGGGUCUUGUUCGAGAAGUGGUGGUAA